CCUUAUUUCUUUAAUGGGUGCACUGUCUUACGCUGAAUUAGGUAUCGUCCUACCGAAAUCAGGAGGAGAAUAUAUCUACAUCAAAGAAGGCCUUGGAGACAUACCUGCAUUCCUUUAUGCCUGGAUAUCAAUUAUUGUCAUUCGGACAGCCUCUAUAGCCGUCGUUGCUCUGACAUUCGGAGAAAACAUGGCCACUCUUUUCCAUUAUUGUGGGUCCCCUGCCCUCCCAAUCAAGCUUGUGGCAGCAGUCGUCAUUGUGACCUUGGGAGUCAUUAACAGCUACAGUACAUCGUUAGCGGGAAGGACUCAGGUUAUAUUUACUUUUGUGAAGCUAGCAUCUUUAACAGUCAUUUCGAUCGGAGGAAUCGUCAAGCUUAUACAAGGAAACACUGAUCAAUUUAAAAACAGUUUUGAAGGUACGACUUCGCUCUCGAAUGUUGCAAUGUCAUUUUACACCGCCAUAUUUGCUUACGGUGGAUGGCAAAAUAUAAAUUUUGUGACAGAAGAACUGAAAAAUCCAGUCAAGGCACUAUAUGCAGCAGCAAGAGAAGGACACUUUCCGGAAGUGCUGUCUUACAUACAUUGUAAAUACUAUACACCUUUCCCAUCAAUUGUUUUCACGAUAGUGAUAUCGCUGUUUAUGGUAAUACCUGGAGAUAUAGGGUCUUUAGUAGACUUCCUGGGCUUCACAACUUGGUUGGUGUAUGCAAUGACUGUGGCAUGUCUCCUAAUAUUCCGCUACACGAAGAAACACGUGGAAAGACCCUUCAAGGUUCCAAUUGUGAUACCCGUUUUGUUUGUGCUGAUCUGCAUAUAUCUAGUGAUUGCACCACUUGUAGAGAAUCCACAGAUUGAAUUUCUCUACGCCACCUUGUCCAUCGUCGCCGGUCUCAUUUUCUACUUCCCAUUUGUUUACUUCAAAGUAAAGAUAAAAGGGUUCGAGCUGCUUACAACAUCAGUACAGCUACUUUGUGAGGUGGUCCCCUGUCCUUACGAACCGGAAACCUGAAAAACAAAGGAGAGGAUUGACAGGGGAAUCGUACCAACCAUAUGUAUACCUCUUAAAACGUGAGGAAUUGUUCCGCAAUAGAUUUCAGUGUCUAAAGCAUCCAAUAUCUCUGGUUAUAGUUGUCUGUAAUACGAGUACAUGUAAAUCUGAAGAAUUUGAAAUUCAACACCCAGAAA